AUGGACCUGCGCGCGUCUGUUGAGCAGGUCGAGGACGUGGCGGCAGGGUUCAACACCUUUCGUGCCCCUCUGCCCGAGUACAAGACCGAGAUCACUGGCCUUAUCUCCGACCUUUAUGCCAUCAGCGCCUCUCUGACUAGUCUCGACGACUUAUCCAAAGAGUCUAGUCUCCGUCGCAACUGGCCUCUCAUUCAUUCUGAUCUGGAAUUGGUGCUGUCCAGUCUGAGAUAUACAAUCAAGGAUAUUCUUGUCUACUUCAACAAUCUCAAUGGCAGGACCGCGCCGGAGGAGUAUAGGACUGCCUGGGUGUUGAUGAGCCGAUUUUUCUGGGAUGAAGCCCGACCCCGACAGUCUCUAUCAGCCCGACUGGCGACAUAUAAGACCGUGCUGAGAGAUUUGAGAGACAUAUUACAAAAGAAAACCCAUCAUAACCCGGAUCUUGCUAUAUAUCGGGAAAACCUCCGGAAUUUAGAUGCAGUUCAGGAGAAACGCCUCGCGCCACGCUUUUCACGCACGCCCUUGGGUCGCAAUCCAUCCUCGGGUGAUAGAUAUGGGCCGGAGCCCGUUAGUCCAGUUGAUGAUCGGCCACGACGUCGGCGAUCCUAUGAAAGACCUCGUCCUAAGCACCAGACAUCUCCCUUAUCGCCCCUAUCUCCUUCAUCUGGCGGUUUCUCGGACGUUCCGCCCGUUGCACCUGAGGCUCCCAGCUCGCCAUUGACCGAGUCCACGUCUGCGACUACAACCACUACCACCCAAUCGACUCACGAAGCUAUUGAGUACCACUGGAUAAAAGAGAUCUUCACCCGCCCUCAGCCAGACCCAUUGGAGCUUGCAACUGUGUCGGAAAAAGCGGCAUGCUUUGGCGAUCCUCACCCAGGAAUCAAACAAUGGCUUCAAGAGCAAGGUUUCGAACAACUACUCCAAUUAGAAUUCAAUGACGAGGCGAAUUUGACCGUCUACUUCUACUUGAGAGAACGGGAUCAUCGCGUGAGAAUUGUCCUCAAAUUUCCCCGUCGGGGCCGAUCCAGCGAAUACUUUUGCCUGCCACUCAAUAUGUUGGAGGUUGUGAGAGACCGAAACGGCUGUAUCCUUCGCCUGUGUCGAAGGCGACGCUCUGGGACUGAGCUAGUCUUAUGGGCUAGUCUGAAAUUUGCUACCAUCGAAAAUCAAGUUUCAUUCUUCUCUUCUUUCCUGGCGCUCCGUUCCCAGGAUGCCGGCCAUCCAGUAGAAGAUAUUCGAGACUAUGAGCUAGAAGGUGAAGAAGAGCUUUAUGGCGGUCUCAUACUCGACGAUGACUACACACACGCCCUGCGCGUUUAUCAAGAUAAUGGAACAGGAGCUGUCAGAAUGCAGGCAUCAAUAUACAAAGGGGAGAUGGAACGUACCCCCGUCUGGACGGCAUUCAUCACGCAGUAUCUCGGUACCCGUGGCUGGCUAAAGGAAUACGAUUCACGAACAGUGCUGGUGCGCACCCUGAAGCCAAUCAUUUUAAUGUCACCAGACUACUACAACCCACCAUUGACCAAUCGUGGCGAGUGGAUCUUGAAAUUCAAAACCCGUAGCGAUGCCGACAGCUUCUUGGAGACAAUGGAGAAAACCGCGCGCAGUAUUCAUUGA